AGUUCUGAACCGGAUAUCCGACUGGGAUCUCAGAACUCCGACGUCACAGCAGACAUGAACGCAACAGCUAACAACUAGCUAGUAGGCUAGCAGGAAUUCGCGAUGUUUUUGUUGUUAUGUGUUGUACCCACGUCGCUAAUAUAAUGUCCAGACAACAGGUUGAGAACCAGAGACAAGAGACUCUAUUUUCAUUUGAGCUUUUAGUGGAGCAUAUUCGAAUUGACAGAGAAAAGAACAUCUCCGAGGAGCUUGCUGUCGGAAUAAGACUGUUGGAUUUCCCGACGCUGCUCAUUUAUCCGCCUGAGCUGAGAGCAGAUUACAGAAUUCAGCACCAACAGCACGACGACAACAACAAGCGAUGGUUAUAUUCUUUUAACAGAGGCAAGUCUUGUUUCUUCGAAAUGGAUCUUGACUCCCUGCAUACGCAACUCACCAACACCCCUCUCUUUGUUCUGAUUCUCGAUGUGAAAGACGACAUACCCAAAUUAUUAGGGACAUCCCUCAUCUCAUUGGCUGCAAUCAUGAACAGAAUCAGACACGAUUCCAUCGAGCACGAUGUUGCUAGUUGCUCAUCAUAUGGAGAGAGGGUGUGUGUGCGUGUAAACAACCUUGCAGAGGAGCCGGUUGGAGUUAUUUCUCUGAGUUAUAAACUGCUAAUCGUAGGAGUCAGUCUACCACCACAUGUGACAAAAAAUGUCCCGGUCUAUAGAGAACAGUGUGCUGAAGAUGGUAUCAUGAAGAAGAGUGUACAUCAAAAAUUCUAUUCUGGCUGUAUGAGAGUUCAUUUGCCCACGCAGGACAAUUCUGAUGAUGGUGGGAAUAAUGUGGAUAAACAAGCUGCGUCCACUCAGACUGAACAUGACACAAUACGCCAAAUUCCUCACACAGUCCAAGAACAUAAGAGAAGUUUUGAUGACGAUCUCUCUGUGUUUUGUCCCCCGUGUCUUUACUAUUGUAAUUCUGGCAAGGAAAAACACCAAAACCAAGGAAACAGGUACAGAUUAGUUAAACCUAACUCAACAGUUGUAACACACAAAGACACGUUCUCUGAAAAUGAAAGUGAAAAGUCCUCAGCAAUGGACAAGGGAGUGGAACAGGUGCUUAGAAAGUCAAGUGUGGCUCCAAAUGUCCUUGAAGAAGCUAUGAGACCGCUGCCUCUCCUAAAUGCUCUUUUUGUUGAAUUGUCACAGUUAAAUGUCCACAACCUGCACCAGCAGCCUGUGUCGAAUCAUCCAGUCUUGCCUUGGAUUAAUAAAAUAUCUUCUACUGAAGCUUCAGAUGGACAAGUAGACGCAACAAAGAAGUCAAAGUCAAGACCGGAGCAGGAAAGCAGGCGGGUCCACAGUCCUCAUUUAAAACAUUUGCAUUACCCCAUAAAUGUUUCUCUAUGCAAUAUGAAGGCUGAACCUGAAGGACCAAUGCAAAACAACCAAAAUAAGGCUCCAAUUGAGAGUAAAGCACACAGGAAAAAGCUAGUGUAUGGAACAACCAAAACAUACAAUCUAAGGUGUCAGAAAAACUGCAGUGUGGCGAAACAUCGGGACUGUAUGGCAUCACACACGCCCAGUGAAACACGGUCAAGUACAAGUAAAGGGAAGAAAACCAAUAAACUCAAGAGUUCGAUUCCCAGAGAAAAUAUGAAGAAGACACAAAACGUGGAAGUGGUCUCUGUAGUGCAGGAUACGACAAAGCUAAAACAUGAAGAUAAAUCCAAGUUGGAAAGUCCUAAGCAAGACAGCGAAUUUCCGUCCGUCUCAGUCCCUCAUGUUGACAAUGACAGUGAUGCCAAAAGCAACAAGCUUCCUGAAAUGAGCCCGAUAUCGACUAAAUCAGAGAGCCAAAGUGUGACACUGGACUCUUGUCAAAGUAGACACAGCAGCCAAAGGUCAUCAGUGUCAGACUCCAACAAGGAAGAAGACUACCCAGACGACUUUAACAGUUUUGGGGCCAGUGACGCAGACACCACCACUAGUCUCGAGCUUGCCCGAGGUCACAGCCCUGUACAGCGCGUUUUGAGAGGCACGCACAUCAUCCGGCCUCGAUCACGAAACUCUGCACUCAGCUUCUCUUCGGAUGAGGACGACAAGGAUGGAUCAGCCUCUGUGCAAAUGGUAUGCUCCAAGAAACAGGAAAAGAAGGAGGGUUCUGAUGCCAUGUCACCAAGGGGCCAAAAGAGUGAGAGCAGCAGCUUUGUUCGGCGAGGUUCUUCAGACUCCCUGUGCUCCGAUCCACUGGGGGCUGAGGAGCUGGAAGACGAGCUUGGAUCCCUGGACUUUAGAAAAGAGUAUCAACAUAUAUCUGAACUUGUGGGCUUCAAGCUCCCUGGUUACACAAUGUAAACACAAUCUCGAUACCACAUACAGACAGGCCUUAUGGGCUUCUAGUAUUGUACAUAGUAUUGGUUACACAUGAUGUGUGAAUUUGGAAUAAAGUAUAAAACAAAGGCUCAAUUAUGAAAAUGUUUUUUUUAAAUUAAAAUACUGUAUUCUACA